AUGCAACGGCAAGAGGAGUCCAGCGAGGACAUUGUGAUCGUGGGAGCCGGGCUCGCCGCUGCGCUCAGGCUGCACAUGAAAGGGGUGAGGAGCGUGGUGCUGGAGUCGUCCCCGGCGCUCCGGGCCUUAGGGUUCGCCUUCGCCACCUGGCCCAACGCCUUCCGCGCGCUCGAUGCCCUCGGCAUCGGCGACCAGAUCAGGAAGCUCCACCUGCACAUCCAAGGGCUGCGCGUCAUGUCGGCGUCCACGGGUGAGAUAGCGAAGGAAGUGGACUUUAGGGACGAGUUCCGUUGCGUCAGGCGGGAUGUGCUGAUGUAG